CGUUCGCCUUUCCUCCCCUCCGGAGCCAGAAGACCAACGUCAGCCGAUGCAGACCCUCAAUCCCCGGAAGCCGGCUGGUGUGAAAGGUUUUCCCGGCCAGCUGGUUGUUGAAUUUCCCGUAUGAUCCUCCGGUUCAUUCGCCACAUGCAUUAGCAAACUCUUGCACUAUAUGGUAUUAUGUGGAGACAUGGCGUGGUUAAUGGCACCGUGGCUGUGUAAUAAAGCGCUUACCGCAGUUACUCUCCUCUCUUUAGGCUUGCACUUACAGUAACUCGCCGGGGGACGGCAGCUCUUUACCUGCAACACACCCAAUUCAGCAGCUGCAUAACCCUUGUCAGCGCAUCAGUCAGCAGGCGGAUGGGAGGAGGAAGAGGAGGAUAGAUGCUUCACUAGAGUCGGCGGCAGGGGGAGGGAAGAAGAAAAAAAAAAGGUAGCGAAGAAACCAACGUGCACUCAAAUUUAGCCAGCAAAAGAAAAGCAGCAUCAUCAGGUUCUGCUAUUUCUCACCCAAAGCAGGGCGAGCCCACGUUGUCGUGCACGGACGUCGGCGCCAAGGGACGAUGCACGCCUGAUUGCACAGCCAGCGUCUCCAACAAAAGUGUCCUUAGCAUCCACACUGAAGACGGAGGAGGAGAGCAAACUAUGAACGACGAUGAUUUCUGCUAAGAAAACUCCGGAGAAGAGUCGCUAUCCUGUGCACUAUCUGGUGUGGCACAACAAGCACCGACAACUGGAGAAGGAGCUGGCAGCCAACGAGCAGACUGAUCUAGAGUCCCUGGACCCCCGUGGUAGGACCCCUCUGCACCUGGCUGUCACACUGGCCCACCUGGACUGUGCCAGAGUCCUGUUAGAGCAUGGAGCUGAUGUCAGCAAGGAGAACCGCAACGGCUGGACUGUUCUCCAGGAGGCCGUCAGUACCAGAGAUCCGGAGCUGGUGCGUCUGGUGCUGCGUCACCGUGACUACCAGAGGACCGCUAAGAGAUUGGCGGGCAUUCCCGUCCUGCUGGAACGACUGCGCCAAGCCCAGGAUUUCUAUGUGGAGAUGAAAUGGGAAUUUACCAGCUGGGUGCCCCUCGUGUCUCGUAUCUGCCCGAGCGACACGUACAGGGUUUGGAAGAGUGGCCAGUGUCUCCGUGUUGACACUACCCUGACUGGAUUUGAACAAAUGACCUGGCAGAGAGGAAACCGAAGCUUCAUUUUCAGGGGACAAGACUCCAACGCAGAGGUGAUGGAGGUCGACCACGACAGGCAGCUGGUGUUCUGUGAGACCUUGUGCGUCUCGUCUCUCACUGCGCUUUCACCUGGCCGGGGUAAAGGCGGCGCCUGCAACAGUACAACGGCCGGUCUGGGGCUCCUUGGGGGAGUCCAGCCCAGUGAUGAGCAGGUGGCGGGACGGCUCUCUGCCCCCGUGGUGACCACUCAGCUGGACACUCGCAACAUCGCCUUUGAAAGGAAUAAGACGGGUAUCCUGGGCUGGAGGAGUGAGAAAACUGAGACUGUGAACGGAUACGAAGCCAAGGUCUACGCUGCUUCCAAUGUGGAGCUUAUCACUAGGACCCGAACGGACCAUUUGUCAGACCAGAACAAGAACAAGAUUAAAGGUGGGAAGACUCCAUUGCAGAACUUCCUUGGGAUCGCAGAACAACACAUGGGCCCGAACAAUGGGGCCCAUGUCACCCAAAUGUCAAGUCCUGCAGUGACCAACCCAUCUGCACUGACAGCUGAGGAAUACUUCAACCCCAGCUCAUCACCGAGUCAGAGGGACAUUGGCCACCCGUGCCAACUCACCACUAAGACCCAGAGAUUCAAAGCAAAGCUUUGGCUGUGCGAGUCUCAUCCACUGUCGUUGGCAGAGCAAGUGGCGCCCAUCAUCGACCUCAUGGCGAUCUCCAACGCUCUUUUUGCCAAGCUGCGCGACUUCAUCAUGCUUCGCCUGCCGCCCGGCUUCCCUGUCAAGAUCGAGAUCCCUCUCUACCACAUUCUGAACGCCAGAAUAACCUUUAGCAAUCUGAAUGGCUGCGAGGAGGGUGCGAGCGUGGAAGGGGACGGACAGAGAUACACCCUGAGGACAGACACCCCCUCUCCUGGCAGCGACUCUUCCAGUGUCUCCAGCUCCAGCUCCACCAUGUCAUGUCGAGUGGGAGAGAUCCCCCCCUGUGUGUUUGAGCCCCCGCCUGGAUACACCAUGCUUGGAGGGAAACAGAGAGACAGCAUGAGGGAGGAGGAAGAGGACCUGCUGCAGUUCGCCAUUCAACAGAGUCUGCUGGAAGCCGGCUCGGAAUAUGAUCAGGUGACCAUCUGGGAGGCGCUGACCAAUAGCAAGCCAGGAGCAAACCCCCUGUCAUGUGACCCGGGCCGCGUGGAUAGGAUGCCCCCGCUGAAGCCGCGCUCGCCCUCCAGCCUCUCCUCCACCCCCUCCAAGAAGCAGACCGCCGGCCGCAGCUACGACGAGCAGCUGCGCAUCGCCAUGGAGAUAUCGGCCCGUGAGCAGGAGGAGGCGGAGCUCCGGCGACGGAAAGAGGAGGAGGAACUGCAGCACAUCAUCCAGCUGUCACUCAUGGAGAAGUGAGCGGACCGCGGGUAAGGGGGACGGGGGCGGCGAUAUUGUAAGCACACUUGGGGAAGGAAGUGGACCGAGGUUUUGCUCGGGAGGGGGGAGGUAACGCCGACUCUGCAGAGGGGGUCAAAGGUCACCCUCUGUACUAAAACACCCGUGCUGUCACGCUGUUGACAUUUUUUUUUACUCUAAAAUGUGAUUUGAAAAACACCGUAUAGACAACAUUAUCCUCUCUCUCUCCCAAUUGUCGUGUGAUGUGGAAUUGUCUUUUUCUGUGCCCCAACGCACAACGCAAGGUCUAUAAAGGCAUGCUCGGAGGGGUUUGGCGUGGGAGAACAUGCAAACAAUAGGACGGGUCAACUUCCUGUUUUAGGCGCAGCGGUCGCGUACAAAUACGACAAAAAAAGACAUUUGAAUGUUUGAAGCCUUCACUCAUAUUAAUAAUUACAAUAAUAAUAAAACUUGCUCAGUUGUACCUUUUUUGUUUUUUUAAAUUGCACAAAAAAUAUCCAAAUGUACUGUAUUCACACGGUGGUUGGCUCACAUGUACAGUAUAUGUGAAUGGACGUACAUGCACAAAGGAGCACGGACAAUUGUUGUAUUUUUGGUGACAAUACUCAAGUUGUGUUGGAGAAAAAUGUGCCUUUUCAAAGAAAAAUAAUGGACAAUUCUUUCGACACAAAUUGGUUAUUAAUAUUGUCAGGUUCAAACAUUGAUGACACCUAUUAAACAAGACAAGAAGCAAGGAAUUAAACAGAGACACAAUUAAAUUUGGCUCAAUUGAGGAGAAACGUCUGGACUAUACUCUAAUAAUAAUAAUAGAUUAGGUUUAUAUCGCACUUUCCUAUUGUUAGAUACUCAAAGCGCUCACAGAGAAGUGGCAACCCAUCAUUCAUUCACACCUGGUGGUGGUAAGCUACAUCUGUAGCCACAGCUGCCCUGGGGUAGACUGACGGAAGCGUGGCUGCCAGUUUGCGCCUACGGCCCCUCGGACCACCACCAAUCAUUCAUUCACCAGUGUGAGCGGCACCGUGGGCUAAGGUGAAGUGUCCUGCCCAAGGACACAACGGCAGCUAUUUGGAUGCCAAUAGGUGGGAAGCGAACCUGCAACCCUCAGGUUUCUGGCACGGCCACUACGCCAUGCCCCCCACUCUUUGUACAGUUCCACCACGCUCUGACGAAAGACUGUACGCCUCCUCUUUUAUUUGGACGUUCCCUGAUUACAUGGCAACAGCUGUUUCUAAGGGAUGAAGGUCGUAAACCGUUAUCGUCUUAGAUUACAGAACAGUUCAAAGAAAAGGUCGGUUAAAAGAAAAGGUUGUAAAACAGUUCAAAGAAGAAGUCCCUGGAGGGGAGUCAAGUCCUGCUUCCUCUUCGCUUUGUAGAUCUCGGGUCAAAACAAUAUAUUUCUGUUGAUUGCUCAAUACAUCAAAGAAACGGAACACCUUCAUGUUGCUUCCCAUCCUACACAGUGCAGUUUUACAAGCCUUUUUGCUUGGUAAGAUCAAACAACUUUUGUCUUCUCGCCGGUUGAGCUGAACUCAAUGUAACACAUAGUUUUGUGAUAACUUAGAUACAAUUAUUCUAACAAAUAUUGUGCAAAUAUUUAUUAUGUUCCAAUCAACAUUUUCAUGCAUUUAUUAUACCCUUAUUUUGAAAUUAUUUAAGUCUUUAAAAAAUAGUAUUUCUGUCUUGGGCUUUUCUCAGCCCACUUACACAUGAUAAAUAUGAGGAAAAGGGAGCAUUAUUAUACUUUGUAAAGGCACUUUUUUGAAUGCAACUCUUGUAUUAACUCAUUAGACGGUGUAAGUCAGGGGUGUCAAACUCAUUUUAGCUCAGGGGCCGCAUGCAGGAAAAUCUGUGCACACGAGGGCCGGACUAUUAAAAUCAUGGCAUUAAAAGUAAAAAAAUAAAGACAACUUCAGAUUGUUUUAUUUGUCUCACUUUGGCCAACACAUUCUGAAAAUAUUACAACAAAUAUAUAGAAAAAUACCCGGCCGCGGUUAAGUUUAGAUCCAUGAAGGAAAGAAGAAAGUGAAUCAAUGUUUGUAACUGAACACAUUUACAUAUGCCUAAAAAUGUGUUUUCUUUUUGUAUUAUUUUUUUUUAAAAUAAAUUAAGUAACAUUUAUGACAACCUUUUUCCAAAACACAAUAUAGAAUGUGAGAUAUAACAGCAUAAUGCAUACAUUUAUCGUAUGUUUUCAAAACAAUUACAAAAAAGUUACUGUGGGACCCCAUUUUUAUGACUUGAUGGAGUCCCUGGGACCCCAUUUUGAAAAAUUCCAAGUGCCAACUCUGAUGGAAUAUUGGUGCGUGCAAAACAGCAGCAGGCGGCUGUGGCUUGCGGGCCGGCUCUACUACUAAUCAAAUAUCAUCCCGGGGGCCUUGACUUUGACACCCCUGGUUUAAGUGUAUUAACCCAUGUCUACCAGUAGGAGCACAGAGAUGGUGUAUUGUCUACAAUGAAGGCAGAAGAUCUGGGAAUGUGUGUUCUGAUGUAAAUAGUAACUUUUAUUUAUCAUUUUAGACUUUUAUCCACAUGCCAAAAUCAGCACAAAGUGAGAGAGUCAUCUCUCUGCUAUUUAUUUCACAAUUAUGCCUGUCUGCUUAAUGAGGAAGAAUCUGUUGUUUCUUUUUUUAACUCAACUGUUUUUAUGGGUAUGCUCGUCAAAUAAAUAAAUGUCUUUUGAAUAAGUGUUUUCUUGUUCAGCCU